AUACAUUGUAGCAACGUUCACUGUUGAUGUUGUCUACGGUCCAUUCAUCGGGGGUUACAGGUCACGUGACGGACACCUUCUUGAAAUAAGAGACCAGGGAAGCAAAGGUCGCCUUGGUUUGGUGAUCGGCCUUUGUGACAAUCUAUUGGGCUUGACCAAUUCCACAAUGAAGGCUGACUAGGCAGUCAGCACAGCUUCUCCUUCCUGUGCAUGAUCUGAGUCCUGCAAUGUCACAAGCUUUGCAUUUGAGAACUGGCUUCUUGCUUAUAAGCAGUCUAAGGAGCUCCAGGAAUGUAUCUAGAUGGAAGGAAGUUGCAAUUCGGUAUCAGGGAAACAUAUUCAAGCACAGCAGGAUAAAAAGCCUAUCGAAGGUCUCAUUGAUGUGCCUGGGCUUUAAAUAUGUGCCAACACAGUGUGAGGGACUGUACCAAAGGGAAAUACCAGCAGGGGUGUCCGCUGGAGCAUUACUAGUUCAUCAGAAGUCUAAAGAAAGCAUCCUGAAAAAGAUCAGCUUCCUGGUUCGCAUGGUUGUACGGUCUUGUGUCCUCUUUUUGAAAUUCGGACCGUUGUUAAUAGUGUAUCCAUUGGCUUUCUUUUCGGACAAAUUUUAUACUCUUUGGCUUCAUCUUCUGCUGAAGGCCACUGAGUCUUCAGGGCCGGCUUGCAUUAAACUUGGACAGUGGGCUAGCACUCGAAGGGAUAUUUUCUCCAAAACGUUCUGCGCCAAAUUUUCCAAACUUCACAUUAAGGUGGAGCCACACUCUUGGGGUUACACAGAGUUUUGCCUGAAAAGAGCCUUUGGAGAUAACUAUGGUCAAGUUUUGAAAUUUCCAAAUAGGGAACCCGUAGGGUCUGGCUGCGUGGCUCAGGUGUACAAAGCCUACGCCGACCUGUCUGUUAUUGAGAGUAUGGAAUCACAAUCUCUGGUCGGAAUCUCUGGGAGUGACUAUGGUUUUGAGGCAUGGGAAGUGGCGGGGCUCGGUGGGAUUUUCAGGCAUCUUGAGAAACGAGGAACGUCCGAUCGUGAUGCUCUAGAAGACCGAGGAAAUCUUGAUGGGACUCGUGAUAUCCAACAAGGAGAAGAUCCAUAUCUUUCAUCUGUAAAGGGACCAGGAGAUGAUUCCCAUUGCUUGAUUCCUGUCGCUGUAAAAGUCCUGCAUCCUGGUCUUAGACAACAGGUCAAAAUGGACCUCCUGCUAAUGAAGACUUGGAGCCAACUACUUGGACUGAUCCCUGGAUUCAAGUGGCUGAGCCUGACCGGGAUUGUGGAAGAGUUUGAGAAACUCAUGACACGACAAAUAGAUCUCAAAUAUGAAGCCAGAAAUUUGGAGAUGUUUCAUCAAAAGUUCGAAAAAAUUGACUUUAUAAAGUUUCCCAUCCCGCUGCGACCCUUCGUCACAAGGAAUAUACUGGUAGAGACGUUUGAGGAAGGCGAACCCUUGUCUGUCUAUCUAGAGGAGACAGAAUCUACUCAGAUCAAGCAAAGGAUAGCUGCAAUGGGUGUUGACAUGUUGCUGAAGAUGGUGUUUGUGGAUAAUUUCGUCCAUGCUGAUCUGCACCCCGGUAAUAUUCUCGUACAGGGGGCUCAGGACUAUGUUUCAAGACAGGCUGAGCAGACCACGUUGGUUGACAUGUGCGACACGCUGAUUGUGAAUGUCCGCCCCAGUCGCUGCCCUCUCCGUCUGGUUCUGCUGGAUGCAGGAAUUGUGGCAGAAUUGCAGGACAGAGAUCUUGAGAAUUUCCGAUCUGUAUUUACUGCGGUGAUACUGGGCCAGGGAGAAACUGUAGCUGAACUCAUCCUUCACCAUGCCAGAGCUAACCAAUGUACUGACGUGGAAGCUUUUAAGUCUCAGAUGGCCGAGCUGGUGAAUGAGGCCCGUAAAAGUACAGUGUCUUUGGGAAAGCUCCAGGUUGCGUUGUUGCUGUCUCAGGUGUUUCGGCUUUUGAUGACACAUAAGGUGAAGCUGGAGAGUAACUUCGCCUCUAUAAUGUUCGCCAUUGUAGUCUUGGAAGGACUUGGCCGGUCGUUGGACCCUGAGAUUGAUAUCCUAGAGGCAGCCAGACCUCUGCUGGUGAAGACUGCGGCAUCCCUCAUAUAACCAGCCAUCCCAUAGGAGACCAAAGCAACAUUCUGUUUACAGACCUCAGCCGUCAGAUUGGGAUUCUGGUGAUUUACACUAAUGGUGACACUUUUGUUCUACAUUGGAGCACUAACUGUUAAAGCUCCAGCCAUUUCUAGCUUUAGAU